UGUGCGGCAUCCAAUCACAAACCGUUUCAUCCGGCGUGCUUGCAGCGAUCUCGAAGUUUCUUCACGGUUCUAACACUCUUUCGGGGGAAGAGUUCGCACCUCAAUCAUUCUUAGCCUGCCCGUUCAACCGAGUAAUCCACUCUUCGAAAAGGGAAACACUCAAUCCAUUAAAAAUGGCUGGUGAAGUCGUCAAUCCUCAAGGUGUUGACAUUUCCAAGAAAAAAGAUGGGGGUGUACUGAAACGAAUUAUCCAGGAAGGGACAGGAGAUGAACUGCCUUCCCAAGGAAACAAAGUGAAGGUGCAUUAUACUGGAACUUUAUUAGAUGGCACUAAGUUCGACUCCAGUAAAGAUCGCAACAGUCCCUUUGAGUUCAAGCUUGGCGAAGGUAGUGUUAUUUCUGCUUGGGAUAUUGGUGUAGCCACAAUGAAGAAGGGAGAAGUUUGUAUGCUCACAUGCCGAUCAGACUAUGCUUAUGGCAAGGCCGGCAGCCCACCUACAAUUCCUCCUGAUGCUACUUUGCAGUUUGAGAUUGAAAUGAUUGACUGGCAAGGAGAAGACCUAAGCCCUCAGAGUAAUGGAGGUAUCAUUCGAACUCUCAUCACUGCUGGAGAGGGCCAUUCCACUCCUAGAAAUGGAGCUCAGGUUGAAGUACAUUUGGUCGGUAAAUAUGAAAAUAAAGUAUUUGAAGAUCGUAGUCUCAAUUUUUGUCUGGGAGAAGGCAGUGAUGUCGGUGUAGUUGAGGGUGUUGAAAUAGCACUUGAGAAAUUUAAGAAAGCAGAGAAGUCACGUUUGAAACUGAAGCCUGAAUUUGCUUUUGGAGAAGCUGGUAAAGCAGAUGUUAAAGUUCCUUCCAAUGCUGUGGUUGAAUAUGAAGUGGAACUGAAGUCCUUUGAAAAUGAACCAGAGGAAUGGUCCCUUGAUGAAGAAGGAAAAGUCAAACAGGCUCAAUUGUAUAAAGAAAAGGGUACUAAAUAUUUCAAAGCUGGGAAUUACAAGUUAGCUGUGAAAAUGUACAAGAAGUUACUCAGUUUCCUAGAAGGUGAAGACACUGCAGAUCCUAAUGGAUUAAUACUGGCAGGCCGGCUUAACGCAGCCCUAUGUCAUUUAAAGUUAAAUGAAAAUAAAGAUGCUGUUGAUCAGUGUAGUGAAGCUCUUAAUUUAGAUCCCAAAAAUGAGAAAGGUCUUUUCAGAAGAGGGCAGGGCUACUUGGCAUUGGGAGAACCUGAACUUGCUAAAAAGGAUUUUGAAGCUGUUGUUGCUCUAGCACCAGAAAACAAGGCUGCACUCAACAGUAUUGUGAUUUGCAACACCCAAAUAGUAGAACAGAAGAAAAAAGAAAAGAAGAUUUAUGCCAAUAUGUUUGAGAAGUUUGCACAGAAAGACCGAGAGGAAAAAGUAAGCCGUUUUGGAUGGUGGGAUGGACUUCACCCAGUUACUCCUGCCCCAUAUAAAGAUGAGGAUGUUGAAGAUGCUGAGAAAGAAAAAGCAAAAGAACUGAAAAAGAAGAGAGAAUUUAUAGAGAGAAUGAAGAAACAGAAAAUGGAAAGAGAGAAAGAGAGAGAGGAAACCAAUCAUGUUGAAGAAGCAGAUCUCCCUGACAAAAGAAGAGAGGAUAUUGCCGCAAACGAAAGCAGUCCAGCUUCAGAAGAAAUUGUUAAUCAGACUUCAGUUUCAUAGUUUUUUUUCGAUAUAGACUUACCCUUUUUCCUUUGGAGAAUAUGGUCAAGUGUCAAGCCAAGGAAUAAUUCUUAUCAUGUACAUCUACCAUAUUUUAUUCUUUAAGCAAUUCCAUGUCAAAUUUGCCCCUAAGUUUCAAUCUUGUCAAUUUAACAACUGUAAGAGCCAUUUACUUAGUGGGGAAUUCCUCCUCUUCCUGUGUCUGGUUUUAGUUUGAAGUAGCGAGGGUGGAUGGACAAAGUUCUUUAGAGUGUGGUUGAUUUAGUUAACGUAAAAGAAAAACUAUUUUUAAUUUUGAUAUUUCUCAGUUUGCAUUUAAGUCCUUGCAAAUAUUUAAAGCCACAAAAGUUAUUUUGCACUCUUUUUUUCUUU